AUGGGGAACUUAGCUUGUUUGCUUACUAAACAAGAAGAAGUACUAAAAGACUUUGAUAAAUUCGAGAUUGAAGUAGUAUUACAUGAACAUGGCAUAUUGAUAGCAACCAUUCUAGCUGAACCAACAAUAAUUGUUGAGAUCAAACAAAAACAAAGAGAGGAUGAGUUCCUCAAGAAGAUAAUUAAUGAGUUUGAAAGGAGUCCGAGACCGGGGUUUGAUGUGGAGAAUGAAGUGUUGAAAUUCCAAAACAGAUUUUGUGUUCCGAACAUCUCUGAUUUAAAGAAGAGAAUUCAGCAUUGUCAGCGAGUUAAAGCUGAACACCAGAAAUUGACAGGUCUACUUCAGUCUCUCUCUAUUCCAGAAUGGCAAUGGGAACAUAUAACCAUGGAUGUUAUUGUUGGUUUACCUCAAAUCCUAAGAGAUAUGAAUUAUAUCUGGGUUAUAGUUGAUAGACUAGCUAAAUCUGCACAUUUUCUUCCUAUUCGAACGACUUAUGAUGCAUAUAGAUUGGCUACAAUUUAUAUUGACGAAAUUGUUCGUUUACAUGGAAUACCGGUGUUUAUUGUGUCGGAUAGAAAUAUGAAAUUUGUGUCUAGAUUUUGGAGAAGUCCAUAG